AUGAGGUAUAACCUGCCAACACUGCUGGCAUUGUGCCAGGAUACAGGUGUGCACAUCAAGUGGACCAGUCAAGCCAAACACUGCAGAAUAUUGCAUCCUGGUCGAAGAAAGAAGCCUAUCCUUUCAGAAACCCCAAGAAACCAGCCACACAGAGAGUCAGCUAGGUCAUUGCGACCGAACAAAAAUCCGGCAUCGAAAACCUCCAAGAAUCGCCCAACCCGUACCAGCAAAAAGCCAUCUGAGCCUGUGUUCUCCACAAGGGAUGCAGGAUUUGCUCAGUUUCUAAAAAAGCACACUUCCCCGAAACACCAGCGAGUCACAGCUGGGGGAAGAAUCGUUCCAAUGGAGCCACCAAAGCCACCCCGUCUUGGUGGCUUUUCAUUUGCGCCGAGGACUGUAAUGAAUGACGAUGAAUCCAUUGGUUCGCAUACCUUUGUUGAUGGUCCACUUGUGAGUGAUGGUCACAAUAGAGCAGCACAAGAUAUCUUGGCAAUUAUCCGUUCUUCCACAGAGUCUGAUAAUAACUUGCAGGAUCCGUUGCCAUCGCCUUUGCUGGCAAGCACAUCCCAGUUCGCAGCUCCUGUCAAUUCACAGGAUUCGACUGUUCCCCAAACAAUGGACCCAGACAUUCCAUAUGCUGAAUGGAUUGAGCACCAACUGCUAGACGAAGUCAAUACAGAUUUCAUUCCCCAUACUCCAAACGCAGUGCAGAGCCAUGAGCCUACCUGCGAGGCUGAGGAGCGCCGGGCACGAUGGGUGUCGAUCGAGCGUCUAAUUCAUCAUGAGGAUACUGCAAUUGCGCAGUUUUUGUCAGUCAUGUCCCCGUUUGGUAUGUUCCGAACUUGCGACUUUUAUGUUCAAUAUGUGAAAGCGUCGUGGAUGUGCGGCUUUGAAGCCAUGAUUGAGGCAAGAUCGCGACUGAAAGCUAAACUCCGGAAUCAUGGGAAAUAUCUGGAGGAGGUUAACGAAGUGAUCGCUCUAAACCCACAGAUUUCACCUGACGAUCCUUAUUAUAAGUUGCGUGUUUACAACAUCAAUGAACGAGCAAGAGUGCUCAACGCUCUUGAUGAACACGAUAUGCUUAUGGACUAUGCCGAGGCAAUUCGCGUGAACAACCCCGGUUAUUCAGCAGGUCUUGCCGUGGAUCCAGCACAUCGAAAUCACGCCCAAGUUCAAGCGGAAACAGAGAGAACGAUCGGUGGUGGUUCACAUGAUAACCCGUCGACUGAUGGUACCAAUGAGGUUGAGCGUCCCAACACCAAUCGUCGAGUUGAGAUCAUUAACCCGGAUACUGGCCAUCCCAUUCAAUUCCAGAGGCAGCCAUCAACAACAAACAACAACAACGGUAAUGGAGCAGGCCGCACAAACGGGAAUGAUCCAGGCUUUGAUAACACGCAGCUUGAUGGAACCGCAGAGUUGUUGAUCCGUAAUCAUGGAGAUGGAAAUCACAACACAAACAAACGAACCUCAUUCUUCAAUGAGAUUCAGGUUGACAGACAAUCAGAUUUCUUUCAUGGUAUGAAUGGGACAAGCGGAGAUCCGCCUAGGCAAGGCAAUGACUUGCUCUUUGAUGCUGACAGCCGACUGGGCGGUUACGUUUCUCCUGAAAUGAGUUCUGAGACGGAAAGCAUCAUAUCAUGGAUCCCCGAGGAGACAUGGACAGAACGCCGUCCGAGAAAUGGAAAGCGUAUCAGCGAAACCGUGCCUCGAAACUUCGGCCGCAAUGUCUACAACCAUAGAUCGCCGUUGCAUUCCAUUACUGAAGUUCAACAUGAAGGACACACCGCCAGAUUGGCUAGCACAGCUGCAGAUAAUGAGAGUCUUGAAGCAACCCUUGUGUUUAGCAUUGAUGAAGAUGAAGUGAAUUAUCCAACUGAAGAGAAUGCAACUCAGAAUGAGCUCCACGAUGUAUCAGUUCCAGACCAUUCAGAUGAAGAGGAACAAGUGGUAAAAGAUUCUCGCCCCGGAACUGAAUCGAUUGAAGACGUGGUCUCAGGACUUUCCUUUGAUCAGCAGCGCAGAAGCACUGGGGUUCUGGAGAACUUUUUCGAUAUGUUUGUGUUAGAUGUGCACGGUGAUUGGGAAGUGGAAGAGUCCGGUGAACACAGAGGAGGCGCUUUCACUGAACAAUCGGAGGAUGGCAUGAGUCACAGCCGCAAUGGGAGUGUCACCCUGACAAUGAACGGCUUCGGAAGUGAUUACCCAGACGACAUGUCGGAUACACCCCUCUUGGCUCGAAAUAGCCCAUUCGGUAGGUAUAGCCCAUUCGGCAUGAGCCCACUUUCCCGGAAUAGCCCAAGCAGGUUAGUCUCGAGGUCAGGUGCUCGCCGUAUGGGUGGUCUCAGCAGCAGGACUGGGUCUCGUAUGAUCUCAUCGAGUCUGGAUGCCCGUCGACGACAUGAUGCACGUGAAAAUAUCCGAAAUGCCCGCCGCUCACUCUCAACUUCAUCAAGAUUGAUCGAAGACUUGAGAGACGAAGUACCUGCAACAGUUAUUCUUGGUUUCAACCCACCAGACAGCCAGCAAAACUCCAAUUACUUGCCUGCGUAUCCGCAGUUGAUUGAUGCCAGUAUCAGACAUACUGCGCCCGCUAUUGUGAACAUCAGCAGAAUCAACGCGCUUCGUCACCGUUGA